AUGGCUCGGAGCGUGAGAUCCUCCGCCACGCGCCUGCUGUACACCCUCUGUUCCGGCGCGAAAGCCACACCCAUAACUCCACAAUGCCCGCCGAAGUCCCCAGUUGCGGCUUUAUUUGCCGGUGAAUUCCAAAUACGCUACUUCUCCGCCGGCAGCGCUGCUGCUGCGAGAUUGAAGGAGGAGAAAGAGGCUAUCUGGAAGGAAUCCCUGGAGAAGGUACGGAACAUCGGGAUAUCGGCUCAUAUUGACUCCGGCAAGACCACGUUGACGGAGAGGAUUCUGUACUAUACGGGUAGGAUCCACGAGAUUCAUGAAGUGAGAGGGAAAGAUGGAGUUGGGGCGAAGAUGGAUUCCAUGGAUUUAGAGAGAGAGAAAGGAAUCACAAUUCAGUCUGCCGCCACUUACUGUAGUUGGAAGGAUUAUCAGGUGAAUAUAAUUGAUACACCUGGACACGUAGACUUCACAAUAGAAGUGGAAAGAGCUUUGCGUGUUCUUGAUGGUGCCAUUCUUGUCCUCUGUAGUGUUGGUGGGGUGCAAAGUCAAUCUAUCACUGUUGACAGGCAAAUGAGAAGAUAUGAAGUUCCGAGGGUUGCUUUCAUUAACAAACUAGAUCGCAUGGGUGCAGAUCCUUGGAAAGUUCUAGAUCAGGCCAGGACCAAGCUUCGACACCAUAGUGCUGCUGUGCAAGUGCCAAUUGGUUUAGAGGAUGAUUUCCAGGGCUUAAUCGAUAUUGUGAAUAUGAAAGCAUAUUACUUCCAUGGUUCGAGUGGUGAGAAAGUGGUCGCUGAAGAAGUUCCUGCAAAUAUGGAAGAGCUCGCCAUGAAAAAGCGUCGGGAACUUAUUGAGGCAGUCUCUGAGGUUGAUGACCAGCUGGCUGAAGCAUUUCUAAAUGACGAUCCCAUAUCAUCUUCUGAACUUGAGGAAGCAAUUAGAAGAGCUACUAUUGCAAGAAAAUUUGUCCCUGUAUUCAUGGGCAGUGCAUUCAAGAACAAGGGGGUGCAACCACUUCUAGAUGGUGUGCUUAGUUAUUUGCCUUGCCCAGCUGAAGUUACUAACUUUGCACUUGAUCAGACAAAGAACGAAGAGAAGGUUGCUUUAUCUGGGAAUCCAGCUGGUCCUCUAGUAGCCUUGGCUUUCAAAUUGGAAGAAGGACGUUUUGGUCAGUUGACAUAUUUAAGGAUAUAUGAGGGUGUCAUUAGGAAGGGAGAAUUUAUGGUCAAUGUUAACACUGGCAAGAGAAUCAAGAUUCCACGAUUGGUCCGGAUGCAUGCGAAUGAAAUGGAGGACAUACAAGAAGCACAUGCUGGACAAAUAGUUGCUGUUUUUGGGGUUGAUUGUGCUUCAGGAGAUACAUUUACUGAUGGGUCUGUUAAAUACACUAUGACAUCAAUGAAUGUCCCUGAACCAGUUAUGUCCCUGGCUGUUUCACCUGUUUCCAAAGAUUCCGGGGGACAGUUUUCCAAAGCUCUGAAUCGGUUUCAGAAAGAAGAUCCUACCUUCCGUGUUAGUUUAGAUCCAGAGAGUGGCCAGACAAUUAUUUCUGGUAUGGGAGAACUGCAUUUGGACAUCUAUGUUGAGCGGAUAAGAAGAGAAUAUAAGGUUGAUGCAACUGUUGGAAAACCUCGUGUUAACUUCCGGGAGACUAUUACUCAGCGAGCUGACUUUGAUUAUCUGCAUAAGAAGCAAAGUGGAGGGCAGGGUCAAUAUGGAAGGGUUAUUGGGUAUGUGGAACCACUUCCACCGGGUUCGUCUUCUAAGUUUGAGUUUGAGAACAUGAUAAUUGGACAAGUUAUACCAUCAGGCUUCAUUCCAGCAAUUGAAAAAGGUUUUAAAGAAGCUGCAAACUCUGGGUCUUUAAUUGGUCACCCUGUUGAGAACAUUCGUAUUGUUUUGACGGAUGGAUCUUCCCAUGCUGUUGAUUCAAGUGAACUUGCAUUCAAGCUGGCUGCUAUAUAUGCUUUUAGACAGUGCUAUGCAGCUGCAAAGCCCGUUAUAUUGGAGCCAAUAAUGUUGGUUGAGCUGAAAGCUCCUUCAGAAUUUCAGGGCGCCAUUACUGGUGAUAUCAACAAGAGGAAAGGCAUGAUUGUUGGGAAUGACCAGGAAAAUGACGACUCUGUCAUUACUGCCCACGUUCCUCUUAACAAUAUGUUCGGAUAUUCAACAUCUCUCCGAUCAAUGACCCAGGGUAAAGGUGAAUUUACAAUGGAAUACAUCGAGCAUUUACCAGUAUCCCAGGAUGUCCAGACACAGUUGAUUAACACAUACAAGGCCGCAAGGGGUGGCUCAUAA